AUGCUGCCCUUGAAGGAGUUCUCUGCCUCUGCUUGUGUAUUGAUAAUAGAGCUGAUAGACCCUGACCUGGAGUGCCCAGACGAGCUCAAUGGUGUUACCUGUGGCCGUUCCCACCUUCCCGUUUUGGGAUUCAUUGGAACGUUUAAAACGCGAUCGCUAAAAAAUAUUCCAUUUAGAACGUUUUCGGCCACCCCGGUGUACUUUGCUUCGAAAGACGGCACGAGCAAAGACGGUUCUGGAGACGGCGGCAAGAAAACGGUUGGCGAAGGCGGCAGUAAAAAGUCGAGUUCCGGAAGCUCCGGCAAAGGCGGAAACCAGUUGCGUUGCCCCAAGUGCGGUGAUCUGUGCACACACGUGGAGACUUUUGUGUCUUCUACCCGCUUUGUGAAAUGUGAAAAGUGUCACCACUUCUUCGUCGUGCUGUCCGAAGCAGACUCCAAGAAGAGCAUCGUCAAAGAGCCGGAGUCGGCAGCCGAAGCUGUGAAGUUGGCUUUCCAGCAGAAGCCCCCACCGCCUCCCAAAAAAAUCUACAACUACCUCGACAAGUACGUGGUCGGCCAGUCUUUUGCCAAGAAGGUGCUUUCGGUCGCCGUAUACAAUCAUUACAAGAGAAUCUACAACAACAUCCCAGCUAAUCUAAGGCAGCAAGCUGAGGUUGAAAAGCAGACCUCCUUGACACCGAGAGAAUUAGAGAUCAGAAGACGGGAGGAUGAGUACAGGUUUACAAAACUUCUCCAGAUCGCUGGGAUCAGUCCCCAUGGCAAUGCUUUGGGAGCAUCCAUGCAGCAGCAGGUGAACCAGCAAAUGCCCCAGGAGAAACGGGGAGGUGAAGUGUUAGACUCUGCCAGCGAUGACAUCAAGCUUGAAAAAAGUAAUAUCUUGCUGCUUGGACCAACCGGAUCAGGUAAGACCUUGCUGGCUCAGACUCUUGCAAAAUGCCUCGACGUCCCUUUUGCAAUCUGUGACUGCACCACUUUGACUCAAGCGGGUUAUGUCGGCGAAGACAUCGAGUCUGUUGGCAAACUCCUGCAGGAUGCCAACUACAAUGUAGAAAAAGCUCAGCAAGGAAUUGUUUUCCUGGACGAAGUGGACAAGAUUGGCAGCGUGCCAGGCAUCCACCAGUUACGGGACGUGGGAGGAGAAGGCGUUCAGCAAGGCUUGUUAAAGUUACUGGAAGGCACAAUAGUGAACGUUCCAGAGAAGAAUUCCCGUAAGUUACGUGGCGAGACUGUGCAGGUGGACACAACCAACAUCCUCUUCGUCGCUUCUGGUGCUUUUAAUGGGCUGGACCGAAUCAUCAGCAGAAGGAAAAACGAAAAGGUGAGGAAAUAA